CUCCCUUGCCCGGCGCCAGCAUAAAGUCAGGGCUCAGCCCCACCGAGGCCAGUCGGCUCCCCCACAACACCCGCACCAUGCCCAUGAUACUGGGUUACUGGGACAUCCGCGGGCUGGCUCAUGCCAUCCGCCUGCUCCUGGAAUACACAGACUCAAACUAUGAGGAGAAGAGAUACACCAUGGGGGACGCUCCAGACUAUGACAGAAGCCAGUGGCUGGAUGAGAAAUUCAAGCUGGGCCUGGACUUUCCCAAUCUGCCCUACUUGAUUGACGGGCCUCACAGGAUCACCCAGAGCAACGCCAUCCUGCGCUACAUUGCCCGCAAGCACAACCUGUGUGGGGAGACAGAAGAGGAGAUGAUUCGUGUGGACAUUUUGGAGAACCAGGCUAUGGACAUUGCCAAUGAGCUGGCUAGAGUCUGCUAUAGCCCAGACUUUGAGAAACUGAAGCCAGAGUACUUGGAGCGCAUCCCAGAGGCACUGAAGCUCUUUUCACAGUUCCUGGGGAAGAAGCCAUGGUUUGUUGGUGAUAAGAUCACCUUUGUGGAUUUCCUUGCUUAUGAUUUACUUGACCUGCACCGAAUAUUUCACCCUAAGUGCCUGGAUGAAUUUUCGAACCUGAAGGACUUCGUAUCCCGCUUUGAGGGCUUGAAGAAGAUCUCUGCCUACAUGAAGUCCAGCCGCUUCCUCCCCAAACCUCUGUACACAAAGGUGGCUACAUGGGGCAACAAGUAGGGCCUUGAAAGGAUAGGAUCAGGGAGUGAGGAGCCUGUUCUCUUCUGCUGCCAGGGCCCUGGGAAAGGGCCAGACCCCAUGCAGCUCUGGCAUUAUCUUCUCAUUUUUUUCUCUUCUGUCCAUCCCCCUAUCAUACCCACAGCCUUAUUGGCCCUCCUUUCUCCCUCUAAUCCUCAGAUGGGAAUUGGAGAUACAGAAAAAGAAAGACUGAACGAGUCUCAAAAGAAACUCCAAAACACCCAUGAGCCUUUGAAAGGCAAAACAAGCCCUCCUGAGCAACCUAUCCUGUAUCCUUAGCACAUGUCCUUAGCCCAUGUCAGUGACCCAUGCCCUUGCCCUCAAAUAGUUACAUGAGGGCCGUAUACAAUUGGUAGAAAAACUGGUGUGAACUUGUGUAAACCUGUCCUGGCUCUACCUGUCGUCCAGCCCCUAGGUGCUGUCCUGUUCUAAAUUAUAGCACCCUACACCAGGGAGUUGCUGUCUGUCCUUCCGGAGAUAGAGUCCCAUGAUCCCUUUUGAGGGCCAGUCCCCAAUGACCUGAGUACCUCUUAUUAGGCCCUAUCUCCUAAGGUUCCACUACCUCCGGAUAGUGCCACCCUGAUGACCAAGCCAUGAACACAUGAGCCUUUGAGGGACAUUCAGGAUCCAAACUAAAGCAGAGGCAUUUAGGGAAGACUCAGGUGAGAGAUACUGUUGCUCAUCAAGGAAGUUCUCUUACAACAACAGCUGUAUUUCUAGAAAAUUAUAUCCAAAAAUGGGUCAAGACUUGAAUAGAUGUUUCUCAAAAAUGAAUAUUCUAAUGGCCAAGAAACAUAUGAAAACAUGGUAAACACCAUUACAUAGCAGAGUAGUUAUAAAUACCAUAUACAUCCAGGUGUAUACUCACUCAGAUGGCUGACAUUCCGUGAACGGACAGUAGCUUGAAUUUAUGGAUUAACUGUAACUCUGAUGCAUUGCUGGUGGGACAACUACUUUGUAAUGGUGGCAACGACAUCUAAACCUAAACAUGCAAGUACCUAUGACCCAGGAUCCCUCCCAACAAGAAUGAAUGUUUUUGGUCUCCCAAAAGACAUGUUAAGACAUGUGCAACAAGAUUUGAAAGCAGCUUGAUUUUAAAUAGCCCACAACUGACCUCAACUGAAGAAUGGACAAAUAAACCAUUUUAUUAAUAUAGUUCUACUAUUCUUGUUAUGACAUGGUACGCUACGUUAAAAAUAAAUGCGCUAAGGCUGUGCAUGACAACAUG